AGUUUUUCUUGUAAAUCGUAACAACUUACAAAAACUUAUUUCAGUUUAGGAUUGAUUUUAGAAAUUAUAAUAGAAUACAUCAUAAAAAAAAACAAAAAACGAGUACCGUGCAACGAAGUACCUGUGAUUUAUAUUAGAAAAAUACCAAUAAUAUUAGUUUUCAGAUUUAUAUAAGAAAACAUUAUUUUAAAAAAAUUGAAAAUUGUGUUGUGAUAAAUUGUAAAAAUACAGAUAAAUGAAGAAACGAAAGAAAUAGUGUUUGUUUUUUUUUUUUUUAAUUUUGUUAAACAAAAAAUUUACUCACCAUAACAAAAAAAAAUCCAACAAGAUUCAACACAAAUAAACAUUUAAAAAAUUUUUGUGAAUAUCAAUGUAAACCUGUCUAGUUCCAAAAUGAGAAUUUUUACCAAUCUACUAGCUUAUUGCUUUUAUCGUAACCAUCGAAUAAGAAGACGACAUCGCUGUUAUAGUCAACAUUUUCUUUUCAUUAUUUAUUUGCUCAUCGGAUUAUUUAUUGCUCAAACAUUAAGUGAAAAAAUUCUUAGUCACAUUGAAAAACAACGAUAUGAUGGGUGGUACAAUAACCUGGCGCAUCCACAUUGGGGUGCUGUUGACUCUCAUCUGGUACGUAAAGCACCUGCUGCCUAUUCUGAUGGCGUCUAUCAGUUGGCCGGCUCGAAAAGGCCAUCACCUAGAAGACUGAGUAGGUUAUUUAUGCGGGGACAAGAUGGUCUCAAAUCCAGCAAGAAUCGCACGGGAAUUCUGGCCUUCUUUGGCCAAGUGGUAACCAAUGAAAUUGUAAUGGCAUCAGAGUCUGGUUGUCCCAUUGAAAUGCAUCGCAUAGAAAUAGAAAAGUGCGAUGAGAUGUACGACAAAGAAUGUCGGGGCGAUCGUUAUAUUCCUUUCCAUCGAGCUGCUUACGAUAGAAAUACCGGGCAGAGCCCAAAUGCACCACGCGAGCAAAUAAAUCAGAUGACCGCAUGGAUAGACGGCAGUUUUAUUUACAGCACGUCUGAAGCUUGGCUGAAUGCAAUGCGAAGUUUUGAAAACGGUACUUUGUUAAUGGAUAAAGAAGGAUUGAUGCCUAUUAAAAAUACAAUGAGAGUUCCCCUGUUCAAUAAUCCACUGCCACACAUUAUGCGGAUGCUUAGUCCUGAACGAUUAUUUCUGCUAGGUGAUCCACGUACCAAUCAAAAUCCUGCACUCCUAACUUUCGCUAUACUAUUUCAUCGUUGGCACAAUGUCCUAGCUCGUCGUGUCAAGAGACAACAUGCCGAGUGGACUGAUGAAGAAAUUUUCCAAAAAGCGCGAAGAAUAGUGAUUGCAAACUUGCAAAAUAUCAUUGCCUAUGAAUAUCUACCAGCAUUUUUAGGUGAAGAGCUUCCACCUUAUAAAGGUUACGAGGCAGAAUCUCAUCCUGGAGUAAGCCACUUAUUCCAAGCAGCUGCUUUUAGAUAUGGACAUUCAUUGAUUCCACCAGGAAUUUUUCGUAGAGACGAAAAGUGUAACUUCCGCAAAACUCCGAUGGGUGAUCCAGCUUUGCGACUAUGUAGUUUGUGGUGGGACUCGGUGGAUGUGUUUGAGCACACAACUGUAGAAGAACUUCUUCUGGGAAUGGCUUCUCAAAUUGCUGAAAAAGAAGAUGCUGUCUUGUGUUCGGAUGUACGUGACAAACUUUUUGGUCCAAUGGAGUUUACGCGUCGCGAUUUAGGUGCACUCAAUAUUAUGAGAGGCCGUGAUAACGGUUUGCCAGAUUACAAUACUGCUAGAAAAGCCUUUAAACUGCCAGAAAUUCACGAAUGGAAAGAUAUAAACCCAAAAAUGUUUGAAAAGAGUCCAGAAUUAAUGGCAUUGUUGAUCUCCGCCUACAAAGGAGAUUUAAAUGAGAUUGAUGUUUACAUUGGUGGUAUGCUCGAGUCCGAUGGCCAGCCAGGAGAGCUAUUCACUGCAGUUAUUUUGGAUCAGUUCAACAGAAUUCGUAAUGCCGAUAGAUUUUGGUUUGAAAAUCUCGAGAACGGCAUUUUUACUGCAGAAGAAGUGGCAGAAUUGCGAAAAGUGACACUUUGGGAUAUAAUUGUCAACACUACCAACAUCAAUCCAGACUCCAUCCAAAAAAAUGUGUUCAAAUUUCAAGAAGGAGAUCCGUGUCCUCAACCAUUACAACUUAAUGCAACUACUAUGGAACCUUGCAGUUAUUUGAAAGGUUACGAUUACUUUUCUGGUUCGGAGCUCACCUUUAUUUACGUUUGUGUUUUUCUUGGUUUUGUUCCAAUUCUGUGCGCCGGUGCUGGCUAUUGCGUCGUAAAACUACAGAACAGUCGCAGACGGAAAUUCAAGAAUCGUCAAGAAGCCCUCAGAAAUAAUCACACAAAAAUUGAUAAAAUGAUGGCACGCGAAUGGUUGCAUGCAAACUAUAAAAGACUAGUUACUGUGAAAUUUGGUCCAGACGAUGCCGUUUAUACUGUAGAUCGGAAAGGCGAUAAGUUACGGACAUUUAGCUUGAAAGGUGUCAAUACAGUGCACGUCGAAAACAGUCAAGAAACAUACAAUGCUAAGAAACCGUACGUUCUUUUACGUAUUCCAAAUGAUCAUGAUUUAGUUUUGGAACUUGAGUCUAAUGGAGCACGUCGUAAGUUCUUGCGAAAACUGGAGGACUUUUUGACUCUGCACAAGAAAGAAAUGACCUUCAGUGAUGUCAAUAGAGAAAUAAUGUUGGCCAAAGCAGAAACACGCGAACGUCGUCAAAAGCGUCUCGAACACUUUUUCCGAGAAGCAUAUGCCUUGACGUUUGGUCUGCGCCCUGGAGAAAGGCGUCGUCGAUCAGACGCUUCGCAUGAUGGUGAGGUCGUAACAGUUAUGCGCACUAGUUUAUCGAAAUCGGAAUUCGCCGCAGCCUUGGGCAUGAAGCCGGAUGAUAUGUUUGUGCGUAAAAUGUUCAAUAUUGUCGAUAAAGAUCAAGAUGGACGGAUUUCGUUCCAAGAAUUCCUAGAGACUGUAGUUCUCUUCAGUCGUGGUAAGACGGAUGAUAAACUACGAAUCAUCUUCGAUAUGUGUGACAAUGACCGUAACGGCGUCAUCGACAAAAGUGAAUUGUGUGAGAUGAUGCGUUCUUUGGUGGAAAUUGCUCGUACUACGACCAUCACUGAUGACCAGGUGACCGACUUAAUUGAUGGCAUGUUCCAGGAUGUUGGACUGGAGGAUAAAAAUCAUCUUACAUACAAGGAUUUCAAGUUGAUGAUGAAGGAAUACAAAGGAGACUUUGUUGCCAUUGGGUUAGAUUGCAAAGGGGCAAAGCAAAAUUUCUUGGAUACAUCUACGAAUAUUGCCAGAAUGACGUCUUUCCAUAUUGAACCAUCCAUUGAGUCUCGUCGUCAUUGGUUAUUCAAAAAAUGGGAUGCAUACACAACCUUCUUGGAAGAGAAUCGUCAAAAUAUUUUUUAUCUCUUUUUGUUCUAUGUCAUCACUAUUGUAUUGUUCGUUGAAAGAUUUAUACAUUAUUCCUUUAUGGCGGAACAUACAGAUUUACGUCACAUUAUGGGAGUAGGAAUAGCUAUUACAAGAGGAUCUGCAGCAUCUUUGUCUUUCUGUUACUCAUUGUUACUUCUAACAAUGUCCAGAAAUUUGAUAACAAAACUAAAAGAAUUCGCGAUCCAACAGUACAUACCGUUAGACUCCCACAUCCAAUUCCAUAAGAUUGUGGCUUGCACUGCAUUGUUUUUCUCAUUGCUACAUACCGUGGGACAUAUUGUUAACUUUUACCACGUAUCCACACAAUCAAUUGAAAAUCUUCGAUGUUUAACACGAGAAGUACACUUUACAUCUGACUACAAACCAGAUAUCACAUUUUGGAUUUUCCAAACUGUUACAGGAACAACUGGUGUUAUGUUGUUUGUCAUCAUGUGUAUCAUAUUUGCUUUUGCUCAUCCGCUAAUCCGAAAAAAGGCUUAUAAAUUUUUCUGGAAUGCCCAUUCAUUGUAUGUCCUGCUGUACCUUUUAUGCCUCAUUCACGGCCUUGCUCGUCUUACUGGCGCACCACGAUUCUGGAUGUUCUUUAUUGGACCCGGCAUCAUUUAUACAUUAGAUAAGAUUGUGUCUCUCCGUACAAAAUACAUGGCUUUGGAUGUCAUCGAAACAGAUUUGCUGCCUUCUGAUGUAAUAAAAAUCAAGUUUUAUCGUCCACCAAACUUGAAGUAUCUCUCAGGUCAAUGGAUUCGACUUGGAUGUACUGCUAUUCGUCCGCAGGAAAUGCACAGUUUCACUUUGACAUCGGCGCCGCACGAAAACUUCCUUAGUUGCCAUAUUAAGGCGCAAGGACCUUGGACAUGGAAAUUAAGGAAUUAUUUCGAUCCGUGCAAUUAUAAUCCGGAUGAUCAGCCGAAGAUACGAAUUGAGGGGCCUUUUGGCGGUGGUAAUCAAGAUUGGUACAAAUUUGAAGUGGCAGUGAUGGUUGGCGGUGGCAUUGGUGUAACACCGUACGCUUCAAUCUUGAAUGAUUUAGUUUUCGGCACGAGUACAAAUCGAUAUUCCGGAGUUGCCUGCAAAAAAGUAUAUUUCUUGUGGAUUUGUCCAUCACACAAACAUUUUGAAUGGUUUAUCGAUGUUUUGAGAGACGUAGAGAAGAAGGACGUUACAAAUGUCUUGGAAAUUCAUAUUUUUAUCACGCAGUUCUUCCAUAAAUUUGAUUUGAGAACUACUAUGCUGUACAUCUGUGAAAAUCAUUUCCAACGAUUGUCCAAAACAUCAAUGUUUACCGGAUUGAAGGCUGUGAAUCAUUUUGGUCGUCCUGACAUGUCAAGCUUCCUUAAAUUCGUGCAAAAGAAACAUUCUUAUGUUUCGAAAAUUGGCGUUUUUUCGUGUGGUCCACGACCGCUCACAAAGAGUGUUAUGUCAGCAUGCGAUGAAGUCAACAAGGGACGCAAAUUGCCAUAUUUCAUUCAUCACUUUGAAAACUUUGGAUAGUUUUAAUGUUUUUUUUUUAUGUUUUCGUCUUCUUUUUGUAAAUACCUAAUUUUUUGAUUGUACUAUGUAUUUAAAAGUGAAAAAUAAUUUUGGAAGUUAUGGUUCGCUUAAAAAAAUUUUUAGAAAAUUUUGUUAGUAUUAUAUGUUUACUCUGUAAUAAUUGCAUAAAACAAAAUCCAAAUUAUUUUUAUUUAUUAAA